CGGACAUAAGGAUGACGCGGCAUAGAGGACGAUGACGUCAAGGCGGGCGUGGGAAUAAAGUCUUACGAUUUUUUUUCAAAUAUAUAUUAUAUUAUUAGUUAUUAUAUGUUCUGUGCGGUUUAUAAAUCCAUGAACAAUACAUCAAUAAAUAUAGUCUCAUGAAGUCACCUCUGAAAUUGGUCCUGUCCUUUCGAUCCCUGUGGCACUGUGGUCGUGGAGUUGUUAUCCAUUUAAAAGAAAGUCAAACUCAAUACAGUUUUUUGAAUAAAGGUCCUUUGCGGUUACUCACAAUGAUCUAAAAUUGAUCUGAUAAACAAAAUGACGAAACAGCCAUUAAAAGUCAAAAGUAAAAACGGUUUGGUUUUAUAUUAUCAGAAACAACAGCAUCAGCCAUUCUUGAACAGGAGCAGUUCAAGAAUAACUCGAAAAGUAAUAUCAUAAUUCGGAGAGGAAUAUUCAUCCUGGAGAUUAGUCAUUCUCUGUAGAAAGUAUUUAUUCUGAUCUGUAGAAAGUAUUUAUGUAGAGAUUGUAUUAAUUAUAUUUAAAAAAGUAGCAUGGCUAUGUGAAGAAAGCAUCCGUAUAAAGUAUUGAUUCUGAAGAGAGAAUAUUAAUUCUGUAGAAAGUAUUUAUUCUUUUGAGUAGUCCAUAGACUAGAGAGAUAGGUGUACAGUCUCCGUCCAACCGCUCCGCAUACGGACCGCUCCUCUGCUCGCCUCCGUUGAUCGCCCCCGCUGCUCGCUGCUCGCCCCCGCUGCGGUCAGAGACCAGGAUGGAGCUCUCCUAUCAGUCCAUGAGGACAGCUCACCAGGUCCGGGAGGCGGAGGAACUGAGAACUGAGACCCGGAAGAAGGACCUACUCAUCCUCAUAUACCAUCACCUCAUGGAUCAUGGCUACAUGGACAGCGCGGGGUCCUGGAUGGGGAGUGUAACGGGUCUCCAGAGGUUGGAGGUCUGUGACAACGUGGACCUGGAGACGGUGCUGAUGGAGUACCAGACCUACCACUACAUCAAGUUCAACAAGUACCCCCGGCUCACCAGGAGGUCCCCCCCUACUGUUGAAACCAGACAGGUUUCAAGUUGCGGCAAGAAGAGGUAUGAGCCCCUCCUCCACUGUGAAGCCCCCCCUAAAAUAAGCCCCACCCACCGACCGCAUUCUGGGGGAGGGGCCAGGAAUUCAGAACCCCACAUAGCCAUCAGAAACAGGAGUGAGAACGGGCUGGUGGAUCCUACGCUGGAGUUUGGUCUCAACGUCUCGUCUUUUGCUAACAAUGGAGCUUCAGGAGAGGGAAGCUCCAGGAAGCUGAAGGACAACAAGGCUGUGAUCCAGGACGCCAGCAGAAGAGGCAACGCAGACACCGACCACGCGGAACGUUUGCUGAAACCUCUCGGAGCGUUCAUCACAACAAGCAGUGAAAUGAGAGAACUUGCAGCCAUCAUUAGCAAGGACAUCUAUGUGCACAACCCCAACGUGCACUAUGACAUCAUGGGUCUGGAGGACGGCAAGCGAUUAGUAAAAGAGGCUGUUGUCUACCCUAUUAAGUACCCUCAGCUCUUCACUGGUAUCUUGUCUCCAUGGAAAGGCUUGCUGCUCUACGGGCCUCCAGGGACGGGUAAGACUCUGCUGGCUAAGGCGGUGGCCACAGAGUGCAGCACCACCUUCUUCAACAUCUCCGCCUCCACCAUCAUCAGCAAGUGGAGGGACUCAGAGAAGCUGAUCCGGGUGCUGUUUGAGCUGGCCAAGUUCCACGCCCCGUCCACCAUCUCUGACGAGCUGGAGUCUGUGAUGGGACAGAGAGGAGGCGGCCACGGGGGGGAGCAUGAGGGGAGUCGUAGGAUGAAGACUGAGCUGUUGAUCCAGAUGGACGGACUGGCCGCCUCGGACCACCUGGUGUUCAUACUAGCUGCUUCUAACAUGCCCUGGGAGCUGGACCAAGCGAUGCUGAGACGGCUGGAGAAGAGGAUUCUGAUUGGUCUACCCUCAGAGCCCGCCCGCCAGGCCAUGAUCUCCCAUUGGCUCCCUCCAGUCAGCUUGUCAGGGGCGGAGCUUAGAACUCAACUGGACUACGAAACACUGGCCAAGGAGGCUGCAGGCUACUCUGGGUCUGACCUCCGGUUGGUGUGUAAGGAGGCGGCCAUGAGACCCGUCCGCAAGAUCCUCCACACCCUGGAGACACCAGGAAACUCUCCCCUGCCUGUCAUCAACCUGGAAACCGUGACAACGGAGGACUUCCUAGAGGUCAUGACCCACACCAAGCCCUCGGCCAGGACCCUCACCCACAGAUACACGGAGUGGGAGAGAGACUAUCAGUCUGUAUGAGAGAGAGACUAUCAGUCUGUAUGAAGAGAGACAAUCAGUCUGUAUGAGAGAGAGACUAUCAGUCUGUAUGAGAGAGAGAGAGACUAUCAGUCUGUAUGAGAGAGAGACUAUCAGUCUGUAUGAGAGCAAUAAAGAGAGAGAGCAACACGCUACUGCUUAUAUUUGUUCAGGCUUCUCUGCUUUCUACUGUGAAGUUGUAAUUUAGCUAAUAAAUGAUCAAUAAAAUGAAAAUAGUCAA